CGGAAAGAGCCGAAGAUGUCAGCUCGGUCAUGUGAUCAGCUGUGUCCAAUCACAGCUGAACACAUGGGACAUGUACACUGAUCAUCAGGGCACUGAUGAUCAGUGUGCCCUGAUGAUCUGUGUAGCCACAGCAGUGACACCUGUCAGUGUCCAUCAGUGCCACCUGCCAUUUCCCAUCAGUGCCACAUCAGUGCCACAUUUCAGUGCCUACCAGUGCACAUCAAUGCCACAUAUCAGUGCCCAUCUGAGCUGCCUUACAGUGUCACCCAUCAGUGCCAGUCAGUGCCACCUAUCAAUGCCAGUCAGCGCUGCCAAUCAGUGCCACCUAUCAGUGCCAGUCAGUGCCACCUAUCAGUGCCAUGCCACCUAUCAGUGCCAGUCAGUGCCGCCUAUCAGUGCCAGUCAGUGCCACCUAUCAGUGUGCCAGUCAGUGCCGCCUAUCAGUGUCCGUCAGUGCUGCCUAUCAAUGCCACCUAACAGUGCCAGUCAGUGCCACCUAUCAGUGCCAGUCUGUGACACCUAUCAGUGCCACCUAUCAGUGCUGCCUAUCAGUGCCAUAUAUGAGUGCUGCCUUUCAGUGCCCAUUAGUGAUGCCUGUCAAUGCCCAUCAGUGCCACCUACCAGUGCCUCCCCAUCAGUGCCACCUAUC